AUGGCGUCCGACCGGGCACGUUUCUCCCUGCUGCUGGCAGCCCUACUCCACGUUCACCUUCUGCUGGCCCUUGGUGGCGGUCGGGUCGAUGCCGCUGACCCCGUCGGAACCGGUGGCCCCUCGAUGGUGCACGUUGGCGAGGACGCGCUGCUGACCUGCGUCGUGAUGACUCCCUUCAACAACGACACCGUCCUCUGGCGCAAGGGCCCUCACGAGAUCCUGUCGGCCGGCAUGAACCGGGUCACUGGCGACCGCCGGAUCAGCGUCCUCCACGACGACUCCCCCAAAGGCAGAACUCCCCUCGGCGGUGACGUAUGGGUGCUGCUCAUUAAGGAAACACGUGUCAACGACUCGGACGUGUAUGUGUGCGAGGUGAACAGUGACCCGAUCGUAAGGAGUUUCCACCCGCUGACAGUGCGCCAGGCGAAGAAGAAAACGGCCUCCAGCCGGAACGCCACGGAUGCGGCCGGUGCGUCGACCACGGCCCCGCCGGAACACUCGGAAGCGGGCGUCACCUCCGAGGAGGAGGAGGACUCCGACUCGGACACGUACGCCGACUCCGAGGAGGACGUCAGCCCGGACGGCGUGCCGCUGGUGACGCACGACUUCACCGACUGCUGCCACGCGAACAACGUGUCCGCCGGCUGCAUGGGCUUCUGCGUGCUGCACAACAUCCUGGACGGGUCGGCCGGCGUCGAGCCGGAGCAGUGCGAGCGCGACUUCCCGAACAUCGUGCGCUGUAUGGCGGACGGGCGGAAUCACGUGCCGUGCUGCGUGGAGAAGGGCAUCCCGGACCUGUGUCAGGACAUGUGCCGGGGCGAGUACACGCCGUUCACCGAUCUGCUCAAGUCGCGCGUCUCCUGCGUGCAGCACACCCUGCCCGGGCUGCAGUGCAUUCUGGACAACAUCCAGCGCCUGCCGUCGGAGCCGCAGUCGGUGUCGGUGGAGCCGCUGACCGAGCGCUCGCUGCAGGUGAGCUGGAUGGCGCCGGAGAAGCUCGGCGGCAGCGUCAAGUUCUACCAGCUCAACGCCACCCGGCUGCACGCCUUCGACCAGGACGCGCUCGCCAACGCCACCGACGCCAAGGACGGGCUGGUAACGCUGCAGGUGUCCGCCGACCAGACCACGGCCGUCCUGUCCAACCUGAUGCCGUUCACGAUGUACACCGUCACCGUGAGUGCGCACAACGAUCACGGCUCCAGCCUGCCCAGCAUGCGCAUCCGCGCCCUCACACUCGAAAGUGGCGUCGUCAGCAAGCAAACCAGCGUCGCCGUGGUCCCGGUUCUUCCAGAUGUUCGAGGAUGUUGCGUGAAGAAGGGCAUCACCCACAAGGUGUGCCUGGAGAAGAUGUGCGACCCGGUGAAGGCCGACUUUACCGAGGUGCCGGACCUGAUGGUGUGUGCCCCGUGGGCCAACAUCACCUUCGCCUGUCUGGCGAACAACAUCGAUCACACGCCGUGCUGCAAGAGCCGCGGCAUUCCCGAGGGCUGCCUGUCGUUCUGCUCCGGCACGGUGAAGGCACUCAACCACAACUACUUCAAGUGUCUACAGUACAUGUCCGAGUACAGCAGCUGUCUGCUGCAGGGUUACGGCGUGCUGUCCGGGCCUCCGUCAAAGCUGAAGGCGCCACUGAUCGCAAGCCACUUUGUGGUGUUGGAGUGGAAGCCACCGAAGAUCCUACCCGACACGGUGACCGCGUACCACCUGCACUACCGGAAACUGGGCAGCGGCGAGGAGUACACCGUGCUGGAGAAGGACCAGGCGCCGGUGAUUGUGGAAGAUCUGGAGGCGGGCACCUACUACGAGGCGUUCGUCGUGGCGGUGAACGCACACGGCAAGGGUGGACCGUCACCUCGGCUGGUGUUCCAGACCAAGCGUGAUCUGCAGCUGGAUCCGCCUCAGGCGUUUUACAACAUUUCCGCCUGCUGCCACGCGUCCGGGCUUCUGCCCCAGUGUAGUCCACUCUGCAGCUACGACGCCAAGAUGUCCGAUAUCCAGAAGUUGGGCAACACCUGCCGCGGACAGAUCGGAACGAUCGUGCGUUGCAGCGCCGGUGGACGCGAUCACACGUCCUGCUGCAGUCGCCGAGCCGUGCCACCAAAGUGUCAAUCGCUCUGUCGAGGAGUGAUCACCAGCUCACCGGCCGAUUGCCUACCGUUCGCUGGGAACAUCAUCCAGUGCUUCGAGGAAGGCAUCGGGCAUAUACCGCCGCCGGUGGAGGAUCUGCACGUCACCUCUGUCACCAACACGUCGAUUUCGCUCGCCUGGGUCCCGUCGGAGAUGGAGCCGAACAACACGGAACUCAAGGCGGCCGACUACCUCGUCCAGUACGGCAAGGUGAACAACAUGACCAUGUACGAGACGGUGAUCAAGCUGGAACACGAACUCAACACCACCGAGACGGACAUCGAGCUGAAGGAUCUCGAACCGAAGGCACUCUACCGCAUCACGGUUGUCUCGCGCGGUGAGCACGGCACCUCGUUGCCCUCCUCGAUGCUGCUCAUCAACACCUCGCGCACCGACUCGGCCAGCACGGUGUACGGAGCGCCAUCGCCACCGCACUCCCUCACAGUUUCUGCCCACAGCGCCACCUGGAUCACGGUGGCCUGGCAGCCGCCAGAGUUCUCCCAUCCGCACGAGAGCAUCACCUACCGCGUGAUUCACAAGGUCGCGAACAACUAUACCGUCAUCGACACGCGGCUGCUGUGGGUGCGCGUCAACAACCUGCUGCCCAACACGCAACACAUCGUCUACGUGGUAGCGAUCGGCGCCAAGGGGACCAGUUUGCCCUCCGAGACGCUCGUUGCUUGGACGGACCCAGCAUUGCCAGCGUAUGUCGAUCCCCCAACGGUGCACCCAUCGGACAUCAUCUCCGAGGGUGGUUCGAUGACGAUCCUCUGCCUGGCGAUGGGCAACCCGGCGCCGACGAUCUCGCUCUACGUCGGAGGUCACCUGGUACGGCAGGACACAUCCCGGCACAUGAUCACCGUCAUCCACAACGUCACCACCGACAUGGAGCACAUCUCCUGCUACGCCGACAACGGCUACGGCAUUCCGAUGCAGGCGGCCAAGAAGGUCAACAUAAGCUUUGCGCCACGGAUACAGGCGUCGGGCAUUUUGGUCGCCUCGAUGGGUGACUCGGUCGAUCUGAAGUGUACUAUCCGCGCUCGACCGAUUCCGAAGACGAUGUUCUGGCGCGAUCAUGAUGGACGGGUACCGGUUAUACAGGGUGGUAAUUACGUCAUGUCGAUGACGAAUGAUGUCGAUGAUAACGCACUGUACGUGAUGACGUUGACGAUCAACAAGCUCAGCCCGCAGGACGUCGGUGACUACUUCUGUCACGCGGAGAACGCACUCGGAUCGUCCACCCGGGCCGUGUCGGUGCGUAUACGCAAUACGGCUGCUUCGUUCAACACCUCGGAGUGCUGCGUGGCGCAGAACGUGUCGUCCGCGUGCAUGAGUGCGUGCUCGUUCUACAUCGACAUCGAGAGCGUCAUCGAUCGGCCCGAGUGCAUCGUGGACUUUGACAAGCUGAUGCGUUGCGCUGCCGACGGGUCCGACCAUCGCGGCUGCUGUGCCUCGAAGGAAGUGCCGAGACGCUGCCUGAACUGGUGCCGAGGCGAACCGAUCACCCCGCCCGGCAUCUGCGCCCUCCAGUACACCCGCACGAUCGUCGGUUGCUUCCAGGAGAACCGAGACCGACUACCGGGUCCACCGCAGAACUUGAAGGUGCAGGUCCUCAGCGACGAGAAGGUUCAAAUCCGAUGGGAUCCACCGGUGAAGAACCCGACCACGGUCGAGGGUUAUCGCGUGUUCUGGCAUGACCUCGAGCCGGUCUCCGACAACCUCUCGAACGUGAUCAACGGCCUCGCGACGAGUCGGCUCGAUGCGAAGGAAACGAGCAUCGUCCUCGAGGGCCUCAGGCCGAACGUCAUGUAUGAGCUGGUGAUCAAGGCCGGCAACCACCUGGGCGCCAGUGUCCUGUCCGAGCCGCUCCACUUCACGCUCGGAGACCACCACAUCACGAGUGCGUCGCACGCCACCAACGCGGGCGUCGUCAGCGGCAUCAUCGCCGGGCUGAUCGCCAUCGUCCUGGCCAUCGCGGCUCUUUUCGUCGUGAAGCGGCGAAAGUUUGGCCAGAAGCAGGCGAACGGAGGUGUCGCGUUCGAAAACCCGAGCUACCUUCGGGAGAUGAACGUCGAGCACGUGCAGAUUCCCGCCGUGUCCGGGCAGACCGUCGGCAAUGGGGCGGACUGGCGCCAGGAGUCGCUGCACGCCGCCAACGGAACGGCCACGACCGGGCUCGGCCACGACAACGCCGUCGUCCCGAUGGCGACCGAGGUCAACCCGUCGCUGUACGAGGAGCUCAAGCUCGGCCACGAUCGGGCCGGCUUCAAGCGGCUGGUCUCCUAG